CUUUCCAGCGACAAUUCUUUCAAUUAUAAGUUUAUUCGUUCACCUGGCUGAACGAACUUUCCCCUUUUGUAUUGUGCGUCUAGAAUUGACAAACUUAAUCCAAGCCGAUGUUUGAACUGCUUUCCUCCUGGUAUCCGACUAAUAUAUUGCCUGAACAGCUGAUCCCGGCCUUACAAACUGCAGAGUACAGAAUAUAUAGUGCACUCUGUGAACUUGAAAUUAAAUCUUAUUUAACUAGCUUGUACUACUACUACAUAGCAGCUAGUAUACAAAUUGUGAAAAGUUUUUAAAGAAUUAUUGUUUUUUUUUUUAAUUUUGAGAAUAGACGGUAGAUGAAUAUAAAUUUUAACUGAACCAGCUGUUAAUGAACUAAAGAAACUAAACGUUUGAACAUGUUUAAAGUUCUCCGACUAGGAUUUGUAGCAGGGGUUGGGAUAUCGGGUUGGGUUGGCGGAGGGAUUUAUGAGAGGCGGAGAAGAGAACAUAGAGAACAUCAAGAGCACAUACAUCGGGAACAUAGAGAUAUUAGAGACUAUGAAAUGUUGGGUAGGAUUCCUGGUCUACCUCUAGGACCUAAGGUCUCCGCCGCUACAGCUAUAGUACCUGCCGGAGAACGAGGAGUGGCGGUUGCCGAUAUUCCGCCAGAACCGGUUAAUGCUCCCAGAGUUGCGCAGAUUAUGAGGUUUGGUUUCCCUGGAUUGGAUCAUGUUAGAUCUCAUGCUGAUUAUGUUCUAAGUUAUGAUCGUCGGAAUCGAGUUCCUCACUGGGUCUUUGAACACCUUACAAAGGAUUCCAUACAGAAGUCUGAAGGUGUAGAGAGGUCUAACAGCGAGUUUAAGGAAGAUACAUCGAUACAUGAAUUCUUUAGAGCAAAAAAUUCCGACUACAAGCACAGCGGGUACGACAGGGGACAUAUGGCUCCUGCUGGAAAUCAUAGAAGAAAUCAAAAUAUGUGUGAUGAGACUUUCUACCUUUCCAACAUGGCUCCUCAGGUUGGAAAAGGAUUUAACAGAGAUAAAUGGGAACAUUUAGAAAGGUACGCGAGGAAACUGACAAAACUGUACAAGAAUGUUUAUAUAUGUACUGGACCUCUCUAUCUACCCAGGAAAGAAGCUAGUGAUGGGAAAAUGUAUGUUAAAUACGAGGUUAUCGGAGCCAACAAUGUAUCCGUCCCAACCCACUUCUUUAAAGUUAUUGUCGGAGAAACAGAAGAUCAUCAACUAGAGCUAGAAGCAUACGUUCUACCAAACCAGGUUAUCCCUGAUGAAACUCCUCUGAAUAAUUUCCAAGUUCCUGUUGAUAGUGUAGAGAGAGCUGCAGGACUCCUUUUCUUUGACAGGUUAUCUCGUGAUAAAUUAUCUAAAAUUAACGGGAAGAAGAUUGGUUGGUUUUGAAGAGAGUUAUUAUCGUAGAUAAAUAACAAUACAGAUAGAACACUAGAUGUCGAAUUUUCAUGAAUUAGGGUUUUUGUUCACAAUAACCCUGAGGCAGAAGCCCAAAGGAGUUACGCGCAUUGCUGCCUUGAAUGACAAGACAGAGAGGGAGCAUGCGCAUAACUCCUUUUGGAUUCUGAAGAUGAGUUUUUGUUAACAAAAAGGCCCUAAAUCUUAAAAAGACGACAUCUAGUGUUCAAUCUGUAUUGUUUUUAUAAUCUAUGGUUAUGAUCUUAAAACUUGAAUAGGCAGAAAUUUGUAUACACCUAGUGAUCUUUAUACAAUUUACACAUACUUAAAGUACUGUAAAGUGUAAGCAUACUUUUAAAUGACCCUCCAUACCAGAGAUGUACAAGGAGGGGAUAUUGGGGAUAAGCCCCCCCCCUCUAUGGUUUUCAGGGGGUUUUCAUGCCCUUACGGGUGCACAGCCCCCUGGGAAAACUCCUGAGUACGCCCCUGCUCCAUUUUUUUAUAUUUUUUCUAACGUUACUCUUUAAACCUUUGACGGAUCAUCGAGGGUAGAGAACUCCGUGUGUUUAUCUCUACAAUAGUGUACAUUGGUAGGCGAUUAUAUCAAUAUAAUGAAGACGACUUUUAAUUAAGUGUAUAAAAAAGUCCAUUAUUAGUCAAAGGAUUUAGAGGGUGCUGUGGUCUGUGGUGAAUCUCAAAUACCAUUCUACAAAUGAAAGGUGACUUGAAAUUACGCCUACAGUCCCUUUAAACAAUGCAAAACAGUAUAAUUGGUUUAAGAUUAAAUAUUGUAAAACCCUUUUUUGCGUGUUUCUAUUUUUUAAUUUAAAUUCACACAAUGACAACAUUUUUUCUCCCAAUUUAAAUAACUUCUGACUUGUCAAAGCGUAUUCGCGUUAAAAAAAAAUCUGUUAUGGGUUUCUUUGAACGGGGGAGAACAUUUCUGUUGGUUCCAAGAGAACUUAAAAACUAUAACUAAAAAUAAUCUCAUUUUUUAAUUUCAUGAAAUCAAAUAAUAUAUGAUUUUUUUACAUCUUAUGAAUUCAGAAAUUUGAUAUUUUAAUCAUUCAAGAAAAAACAAGAAAAAAAAACAGUUAACUUGACACUCAGAAUAAGCGUUUCCCAUCAAAUUUAAACACGUGUAACAUGAAACAGAUAAUUGUAAAUUGUUACAACUUUGACCGUCCCAAGAUGUAACUUGCUAUGUUGUUACUUAUAUAGAUAUAUUUUACACAUUGUAUAAACUAUUAGAUAAUAUAUAAUUCUUAUAACGAU